AUGUGGGCUCACGCGCGCUAUCGGAUUGGUGCGCGGGUGCUGCCUUUGCGUCUUCCCGUUUUGCAAUGGCGAUUCCCUGGCAAGGGGCUAAGCAUUUCCAAAAUGACUGCGCUGAGCACUGGUUUGGUUUUUGCCGCCAGCUGGCCGGCUCCAUGUCGCUGCGAAGCUGAAGACACGGCUCUGGCAUUAACACCUGACGAUGAGGAGCUUCUGCUCUCAGCUCUUGAUGCUGCCAUGCUCACCUUGCGCGAAUGGUCACAGGCACCGGCAUCUUGGUGGGAUGACAGUAAGCGCAUCAACCUGUCUGAUUUACAUGACGCGGUGCACUGCACCAAAAAGAUGGACGGGUUUCCUGUGAAGUUACACAUGGUAAGUGCGGUGUGGGAUGAUACAUCCCUCAGCGAGUUGCUGCUGCUCACGGAAGCAUCGGAAGAUUGCUUGAAGUUGAGCUUUGAUCCUGCUCUGGAUUCGAUUCAAACUUGCAGACGCAUUGUGCGAGGGAACGAUCGCCAAGUGCGCCUUAUCCGCACCAUCACAAAACCGAUGCUCUUGGGUCUGAUAUCUGCUCGUGAAGUUGAUUCUGUUGUACGAGAUCCAGCUGCACAGCCUGAUGGAUCAAUUAUCGGAGGAGCACUUGGUUUGCAGUCUCCGCUGCUCAUUGAAAAGGUGCAGAGCGACAUGAGCAAUGGUUUGGGAACCUUAUCGUCUAGACCUCCAACACCGGGAAGAACCCGUGCAAUAGAUCACACCAGCGGCUACAUCUUGGAGCCUUUGGAUUCAGGUGCUCGCUCGUCCGAAGCCAGGGGCAAGUGGAAGGUUUACUACAUUCUGCUCAGUGAAGCUGGUGGAGGCGUGCCUACUUGGGCAGCUGAGAAGGGAGUAUCAAAAGCCAUCGUGGAUUGGUUUGCGUUCGCUCGCCGGCAGCAGCACAUAUGGCGAAACAGCUCGUGUUGA